AGAGAGGCCAGGCCGCCAGCCAGCCACCGCCUCCAGCUCCCAGGCGGGGCGGGGCGGGCGCAGGGCGGGUGCCGCGCGGACUGGGCCACCAGGCUCAGUGUCUUCCGGAGAGCGGCCCUCCUCCCGGCCCUCUGUUCUCUUCCAGUUUCCAGGACAACAGCCAUGGCUACAUCCUGGGUGCCCGCCGUGGGCCUCACGCUUGUGCCCAGUCUGGGGGGCUUCGUGGGCGCCUACUUCGUCCGUGGUGAGGGACUUCGCUGGUAUGCCACCCUGCAGAAGCCCUCGUGGCACCCGCCGCGCUGGGCUCUGGCCCCCAUCUGGGGUACGCUGUACUCGGCCAUGGGGUACGGAUCCUACCUGAUCUGGAAGGAGCUGGGUGGAUUCACGGAGGAGGCCGUGGGUCCUCUGGGCCUAUAUGCUGGGCAGCUGGCCCUGAACUGGGCGUGGCCCCCCAUCUUCUUUGGUGCUCGGCAGAUGGGUUGGGCCCUGGUGGACCUCCUGCUUGUCAGCGGGGGAGCGGUGAUCACGACUGUGGCCUGGUACCACGUGAGCCCGCCGGCCGCCCGCCUGCUCUACCCAUACCUGGCCUGGCUGGCCUUCGCGACCCUGCUCAACUACCGAGUGUGGCAGGAUAACCGUGGCCGCCGUGGGGACCGGCACACCGCAGAGUGAGGGUGUGCCAGGGACUGGGACCAGGGCCAGCAGGUGCUGUUGGUCACCAGGCCUGUCGGGGAUGUGGCCUGGACUCAGCAGUGGUGCAGAGGUGGCCUAGGCUGAGCCCCGUGGGGAGCAGUGUCCUAUGCUUCUAUGCUGCUCGGAGCUUCUGGGCACAGCAAUUUACAGCUGAAUAAAAUGCCAACCUCC